ACAACCGCAUUUUAGAGCAGAGAUCUGUACAUUUGAGAAAAAAGAGUGAUGACAAAACCAACAAGGUAACGUUGUCUUUUGAAAUUGCAAGAGCAUCAGUCCCCAACGCAUGUGUUCCUACAUUGUACAAGAAGGUUACAAUGCCAGGCCGCUUCUUUCUCCAGAGCAAUUCAAGGGACAACACGUGCUUGUUGCAUGAUGACAGUGUUGUUGUGAUUAGCGGGGUGGCAUUGAGUAGUGUGACAAAUGAACUCUGCAUUAUUGGGAGGAAAUUUCGACAUGUCGAAGACCUGUACUCCUACCCAUGUGCAUCAUCAGUUUUGGACAUCCAUGUGGUUUCACACCUGUCAAGAAUCAGUGUUUGGUCAUUGUCACAAGUGAGAAUGAAGUGCAUGAAACUCCCAGUCGGGACAAAUCGGCAUGCAGUGUUUCCUUUACCUCACACGGGGCCGUAGUUAAGUAGCUUCUGUCAGUUGGUGCAACACGAUUUCUUUGUAGUCUUGUUAUGCCCUGGGGGCUAUGCAGUCCUUCUGUUGUCUUCAGUUUUAUGUUCACAAUGCUUCAGAACUCCCCAUCUUGCAUUUGUGCUGAUCACAUGUUUUCUGCAUCAAAACAUCACUUCUUUGUCAUGUUACUUUUAUAUGCUGCAUUUGCAUGUCACAUUGUGUAAUGGUCUGUUGAAGUAUCUUGAUUGUUUACCAGGGGAGCGAGUUGCCUUGUAUGCCAUUGUAAAGUUUUUGGACGACAGUGUGGCAGUGGUGCCAUGCACAUGGCUUGCAGACGACGGCUGCUUUUGGCCACCCCCAAAAGACCAGAAGAAAGUAAGUCUGCUUGUGCGUAAGCUCAAGGAACCACAGCCCACCUGGAAGCUGCUGCCGUGCAAGGUCCUGGAGAGAUAUGCAACCUAUGAUUCGGCACGUGCAGGGCUGCGUCUUGCAGAAGAGACAUCUGAUCUGAAUCCUGAUAUUCAAUAUGGACGUGGCAAGCGGCGACGAAUAAGUACAAUCUACACUGACAGCGAAGAGUCCUUGCCACCCACUCCACCCAGACCUAAAUGCCUAUCAUACACAGAGAGAAAAGGACGAGCUAGGGACGCUGAACAUCUGUCUGCAACAGACCUCUCCCAGCCGAAGCCAGCUUCUGACCAGUACAACAGUCCUUCUCAUCCUCAGCAAUUACCGGUCAGCUCAAGGAAUGAUCUUGUUCCCGCUCACUUGGUGGUGACUGAGAUACCGUCGUCCAGCCUAAGUCAACUGCCUAGAAAUGGCAUUGAGCAAGAGCGAACCGUCUAUGGAGGGCAGGAUUUGCAGGAUGAGAGAAGUGGAACAUUCAGCCAUUCCAGCACUGACAGUGAUGAUUAUCUCAUUCCGCAAGCAAGGUCUCAACGUUUGGAGUCCCAGACCGAUCAGCGCAAGACUGGGGCCAGAGCUGGCACUGAUGACCAUUAUGUAAUUCCACAUGGAAGCUCUCAAUAUUUGAAGCCCCAUGCCCAACAACAAACAGAGAGUGCUAAACGAGCUACGCAUGUGAAACGUGCCCAACUGUGUCAGCCUGUUGUAGCGGGCUCGUUACGUGAUACUCAUGUAGUGAAACAGCGCCAUGCAACUGCCAGUGACAUUGACUACCAGUAUGUGCCGUCAGGAGCCGAUUGUUCCACAACAGGUUUUGAGAAAAAAGUCCUGCGCUCCCUCCAAAUGAUCACGCUUCGCCUUCUUGAGCACACAGAGCAGCUUGAUGCGAUUGUUUCAUUCCUGCAGAAACCAAGGGAUUUGCAUGAGGGUGAUGCUAUUACAGAGCCCUUCUCUGACAUCCAGGCUUUUCUGUCAUUCGACCAAGACCUCCAUCGGUCAUCAGAAAAGAGGGAGCAGCUGGUCCGAUACAUAAUUAAUAUUGGAGGAAGCAGCAACGGCGAUAAAGCCAGAAGAAUCUUGUGCAAGCUGAUGACGGAUGAGGUCGCCACGCAGUUCAGUUGGAAGGGGGCGAGUGGAAAGAACAGCUUCAAGUCGUUGGAGUGUCAGCGUUAUCUGCCGUGAGUAGCAUGCAGAGAAAUCCCAAGAAUGGC